GCCAUGGACGCCGCCACGGCGGCUGCGGGUGACGCGGCGGCGUGCGGUGAUGACGUCAGAGCCUCCACGUCGCCGGGGCGGCCAAGAUGGCGGCGGCGGAGGGGAGCGGGUCUGGGGGGACGCUGUUCCCAGGUCUGGCAGAUGUGUCCAUAUCCCAGGAUAUUCCAGUGGAAGGGGAGAUCACUGUCCCUGUGGGAUCUAGCUCUCCUGAUGAGGAUUACUCCACACUGGAUGAGCCAGUCAAGGACACAAUUAUGAGGGACCUGAAGGCUGUUGGGAAGAAGUUUGUCCAUGUCAUGUAUCCCAGGAAGAGCAGCGCGCUCCUCAGAGACUGGGAUCUGUGGGGCCCAUUGGUGCUCUGUGUCUCCCUGGCUCUGAUGCUGCAGGGUGGCUCUGCAGACAGCAAGGAUGACGGAGGGCCCCAGUUUGCCGAGGUCUUUGUCAUCAUCUGGUUUGGGGCCGUUGUCAUCACACUCAACUCGAAGCUUCUGGGAGGGACCAUCUCCUUCUUCCAGAGCCUGUGUGUGCUGGGCUACUGCGUGAUGCCGCUGACCGUGGCCAUGCUGGUGUGCAGGCUGGUGCUGCUGGCGGGCGCGGGCACCGUCAGCUUCAUCAUCCGCCUCAUCGUGGUGGGGACCAUGUUUGGCUGGUCCACCUUGGCAUCUACGGCGUUCCUGGCGGACAGCCAGCCCCCCAACCGCAAGGCGCUCGUUGUGUACCCCAUCUUCCUCUUCUACUUCGUCAUCAGCUGGAUGAUCCUGACCUUCACCCCUCAGUGAGCACCAUCCAGAGGGACUGGUACACGGACUGGACUUUUUUGUGGAGGCUGCAGUGAAUCCUUGGCUUUAUCUCUUUCUAAUUUAUAUAUAGGGAUACUGUAAAAAGGCAGGUUGUGGGAUAAAGCCAGAGAGCUCCAAAAAGUGCUCAUUUGUGUGUCCCUCUUUGUGAAAGAUACUGAGGUCCAGCUGCUGAGGGGUUUAUUUAGCUCUGUUCUGUAGUGGUGUUAAAUAAACAAUGCCCACUGGGACAGGGAUUGUUUCCUCUGAAGAGAGAGCGGGAGAUCCUGGAUUUUCAAGCUGUUGAAGUUCUCACGACUUGGCAGAUUUCCUGCCUGUGCUUGGAUUCUCACUGAAGAUAAAAAUGCCUUAUCAAACCAUAGAACUUCACUGCAAUGAUGUGUGGAGAGGAAAGAGAUGCGUCUGACUCCUUUUCAUUCCCUUGUAGAGUGGUGGGAUGCACACCCAGGGCAUUGUGGGACUGGGACUUUCCCAGGAAAGGAGAGUUCAGUGAAAACUCUGUUGGGUCCGUUUGCGGGGAAUAGGGGGUGGUGGCAUGGAAUUGCUUUUGCCCAUAUCCAUGUAUGGUGUGUGUCCAUCCUGUCAUGUGGCAGGAAAGAGGGUUCCAGCUUGGUGCCUUCAGCAUUGCAUCCAUGAGGGGACUGGUCUCACUGCAAGUUACAGAUCUGUGACCACAGGGAACAAAGCUCAGAGUCCUGCAGAAAUGCUGAGACUGCUUUGUAGCAAGAGACUGGGCUCUCUGCAUUUGGGAAGUGAAAAUUCCUUGGAAAGUACCAUGAAUAUGUAUGUAUGAUAACAAGGGGUUCUGUGCAGGAAGUUGGGGUUUUGCUGCACAGGCUGUUUGGGUCUGAAAAACCAUACCGGGGCUUGGCCCCCAAAGUGUUAAAACAGCUUAAAGGAAGGGAAGUAAAUGGUACUAGAGGUGUUGGAAGUAGGAUGUGAAUUCUGCUCUCACCUGCCUCUGUGUCUGUUCCUUUGGUUGUUUAUGGGGAUAGCAAAAAAAUAUGUGCAAAUGUGCAUUUAUUCCGUUGUACUUCUCAUGCAAUGUCAGACACUGUUUUGUGGGUUGUUUUGUGGGGUUUUAAUUUGCUUAAUACUUAAUGAAAGGGAGGGGCCUCCCCCAGUCACUGCAAGUUCAUUGUGUACCUCUCCUGGGUACAGGUGUGCGAGGGUCAGGUGUCUUGGCACAGACAUUGGGAGCUGGGAUUUCCUUUUGCAAACUACAGAAAUGAUUCCUGUUGUCUGUUGUUCUCAGUCAGCAAUCCAUGAAAUAUCCGGGGUGAAAAACCUGCUGUAAAAUGUCCUUUUUCCUACAUUUGUGCAGACAGACUGAAACUGAGGUCUGUGGGUUCUGCUGAGGUGCGAGUGUGCCUAAUUUCUAGUUAAAUGUGCAAGAGCAGUCUGCUGUAAACACUGGUGGUGGGUGGGAGUUGGGAUGGAAAUUGCUGAAUUUCAGAUUAAAAGUGCAUUUUUGCAUUUGUGGAUAACGAGCUGCUAUGUGUGGCUGUGGCACCAAGAGGCUGGAGGAGAGCUGUGGUGGUUUGUAGACACAGGAACCAUGGAAAGGGGAAUUUUAAAGCUUCCAUUAAAUUAUUGCUGGUAUGAAAUGUAGUUUUUCUUUCAUUUAAAUGUUAGUUCUGCUUUUUGAAGCUGAAAAGAAAUAUUCAAGGGAAGUGGAUGGUAAAGCUGUUGCUGACUAUGGUGGGAUUCCUUGAGUUGAAUCUUUCUGUCCUACAAGAAUUUAACCACACUGUCAAAGAACUGCUUGGAUUCUCUCUGGGUUUGUGACUUGAGCUGCUGUUCUGUCUGAAGGAUAAUUGGAGUAGCAUUUAAUCGCUCCGGUAAUAUUUUGAAUUUUUUACAUGACUUCAGAAAGUCAAAAAGCCCAAACUAGGGCUUGUUCCUCAGCCACCCCUGGAGGUCCUGCAGAGCCCCUGCUGUGACAGAACCAGUUGGUCCUCAGCGAGAGGGUGGUCCCAAAGCCAGUGGGACAUGGGCACUUUAAAGACAACCAAACCAUUUUGGUUCGGGGAAACAAGAUGCCUCGAGCUUCUUUGGUACUUGCAGAUGCCUAAAAUUAAUGCAGCUGACUGACAGUCCUUUAAAGUGCUGGUGUCACCUGGGAGUGCUGAGUGCUCCCUGAAUAUCCCUCGUCCUGUCCAGCCAGGUGUGCAGCACACCCCUCCCAAGGGCCUUCCAGGGAAGUGAUGCCUGUCGCCACAACAGAGAGGUUUAAUUUGUGCUGGAAAUGUCUGUGGUGAGAACUGUUGUGCUUUCCAAGGGGAAAGGCCUUUCCUUCUUGGCUAAAGCUGCUGGGGAUGGGCGGCAAGGAGAAACAGCUGUGUUGCCUAUAAUGGAGUGCUUGAGAGAACUGCUCUGCAGAGAAAUGGCUGAUCUUCCAGUGCACAAACCAGGCGUUCUUUCCUACUAGGAUUUUUUUUUGAUACUGUUUAUCAGUAGAAGUUGUUGUAUAUGUUUAAUUUUGAUGUAUUUAAUACAAAUAAAAAGGAAAAGAA